GGUGUCAACCGUUACGUUGAAUAACAAAAUUGAACUAAACCAAAUCCAAGUAAAAAAAAUCCGACGCUUGACGCCACUUGUCGAUAUAAUUCAAAUGGCAUAUAUUUAUCAAAUAAAUUAAAAAGUAAACAAAGGUGUUAAUGUGCUUCGUGUUUGAAUGAAUUAUUAAAAUGACUGACAGUGAAGACGAUUUGUUAGAAAGUUAUCAAUAUAGUUUUCGAAACGAGGGAAUGGCAAUCCGUGCGAAAGGUCCGAACAUAGAUUUUGAAACUUUUAGCCUUCCAUCAUCAACAAUGCAAAUGCUGCCUGGGAAUAUAAACCGACCAAAAUAUGGUCAUAUGAAUAAUGGUCAACGAAGCUAUUUCAGAAGAGAGACUUCUCCAAUGUCCGCAUAUAACGUUUCCCAUUUCAGUCGUCCGUACUAUCGCAGUUUCUCCACGCGAAGUCAUAUAGGUUCUCACCAGUCUGUUUACAAUCGUGGAAACCGUUCACCGGCUUCCGUACGGAGUUUAGAUUCAACUGCAACUGUUACAGCAUCAGAUAUAGUGGUUGCAUUAAAAAAUGAACACUUCAGCAAAUAUGAUCAAAAACUGUUAAAAGCUGCAUGUUAUAAAUUCUUAAAGAAUAAGUCAAGAAAGAGACUUGAGUAUAUGCGUAAUCGUAGGAUCCUAAUGAACACAAUUAGAAGGCGAUGUUCAACAGAAGACUUAGGGGAAAUGGCCAGUGAAUCAUCUUCCAGUAGUGAAAAUAGUGUAUCACCUAAAAUCUUUAAACCUAAAGAAACUAAUGGUAAAAUAAUUAAAAAUAAUGUAAACCAACCUUGUAUGGCGAAUAAUUCUGUGAAUAUACUUGAUAUUAAUCAGAAACAAAAUGAAAAUGUUGAGGAAAUAAUUGUUGCACCUUUAGCAAGCAAUUCAUGUACAUACAAUAGUAAAGAAAAUUCUUUCUUACUAAAAGACAGAUUCAAAAAAGGAUUCCUUUUACCAUCACAAAGAUUUUCUAAUUCUAAUAAUGGACAUUCAACAGAAAUAAAUUUGUCAUGUAAUUCCAAUAAAAAUCAAGUGCCUGAUCUAAUUAGACAAUGUUCGAGAGAGCAAAAUGAAAAUAACAGUGACGAAGAAAUAUUUUCAGUACCAACAAAUGAUAAAGGUCCAGAAAAGUCACAGACAACUACUCGUAAAAGAACUAUUGAUUGUAAUGAAAAAGAGGAUAAUCCAAAGGCACCCAAACAGAUGAAAAGAGAUACACCCAAAAAAGCUGAAAGUUUAAACUGUGUAAAUAAUGAUUUCAACUUUGCAAGGCCACAGAUGCCUAUAACAAAGUUUGGCAAACAUAAAAAGAAGAAAGCGCAACCUGAAAUAUUAAUAUCUAAAUCAUCUCAACCACUUUCUGUUAUUAAUGAAACUGUCAUAAAUAAUUUGUCUCCAAUACGUAAAGAACCUAUUGAAGAAUCUACAAAACAAAAUAUUAAUAACACAGACAUAAGAAGCAGCAUAAAUAAUGAGUCUGCGAAUACAACCAAUGAUGUAUCCAAAAGGCCUAGUUUUAUCAAGAGAAAAUUAUUUACUCAAAAACUAGAUAUUAUUGAAGCUAAGAUUGACACACCUCAAAGUAGCCCUUCAGUAGAUAAAUAUGUUGGUAAUAAAGAAAAAACCAAACCACGAAAACUGGCAUCUUCACAAUCUUGUAUGAGCCGUGAUGUUGCGGAAGAUAAUAAUAAUCUUUUAAAUCUACUUCACAAAAUAGUCCCAGCUGAACAAAUGAGUUUAAUCAACUCAACAACAAAUAAACCUGAUUCUGGGAACAGAAAGAGUGAUGGUGAUUGUGCUAAAUGGGAUAUUGAUUCAGUUUUAUCCACUUGCAAUGCUGAUGAUGGCAGCGAAACUUAUACUGAUGAGGAAAUACUUGCUAAUGGAAAGAAUGAUAACAGAAAAUCUAAUGAUAUAGCUCAACAGAACGGAACAUCCGAAGAAAUUGAGGAAAUCCCACAGAAAAAUAAAGCAAAUGAAAAAACUGUUAAAAGUGGAAUCAAAGAUGGAAAUAAAAAUUCUACAAAAACAAAUCAAAAAACCUUUUGGGAUACAGACAUUGAGAGUGACUGGGAAAGCAAUGUAUAUUUACCUUAUAAACUUAACAAUUGCCAAAGAAGUAAUGCUCCAGAUAAUCAACAGGUUGAUAAAGUAAAUGAAAAUAACAAGAGUGUUGCAGUUAAUUCUCUGCCUAAAAAGAUUAAUUUAAAUUGUCUAAAUGUUGAUGCUAUUAAAAAAACUGCAAAUAAUUGUCAACAAUCAAUUUGGGAUACAGACUUUGAAAGUGAUCUCGAAAGUUAUGGAAUUUUGCCUAAAAAAGCUGGAAACUGUAAAACAAAUAAUACUACAAAUAACAAGAAUAUUAAUCAAGAAAAUGGUGAAAGUAACAAAAAUCUUCCGGCUAAUUCAAGAGCGAAAAAGAUUAAUUUGAAGUCUGCCAACAUUGAUGUAAAUAAAACGGUUACUAACAAUUAUCAAAAGUCAAUUUGGGACACUGACUUUGAGAGUGAUCUUGAAGGUUGUGGCAUUUUACCUCAAGCUAAAAAAGCUAGCAAAAUAAAUCCAAUUACAGCCAACAGAAAAAUUAAUAUAGAAGAAAAGUGUGAAAAUAAAAAUAGUACAGUUAAUUCUAAAACUAAAAAUGUUACUAACCCGAAGAGUCAAAAGGUUGAUGCUAAUAAAAAAACUGCUAAGAAUCAACCAAAGUCUAUUUGGGACACAGACUUUGAGAGUGAUAUGGAUCUAUCAAAUAAAUCGGGAAUUUGUAAAGUCAAUGAAACAAUUAACAAAAAUGGCAGUAAUAAAGAAAAUAUUCAAAAAAAUGGAGGUGUUGCCAUGCAAUCUGAUGCCAAGCGGAUUAUGAUCAUAAAAUGUCAAAGGAUAAACACAAACAUGUUAACUAACACUGGUCAAAAAUUAAUCAGUCAAUACUUGGAAACAGACAGUAAAAAUAAUAAGGCAACACCAAAAAAAAGGCUCAAAAAGGAUGACAAUGUAAAAGAAAAUUCUCCUGUAACUAAAACUAAAGCAAAAGGGAUAAAAAGAACACCAACUAAAUAUGUUCAAGAUAAAAAUGUCAGUAAGAAAAAGGCGAUGGAUAUUCAAAAGAAAAAUAUUUCACCAGAACCUGAUAACAAUAUUUCUAAUGUCUCGGGGAGAUGGUUAAGAGCAAACAGAAGAGCUAACAAUUCAAUGAACGAUUUAAAAGCUAAGGAUUCUCUUAAAACAACUCUCAUCAGUCACAGGAUGACGCGACAGAAGACGAAAAUACUGAAUAAUUCUGAUAUAACUUCUACAACAAUACAACCCAAUGUAUCCACUGAGUUGAAUAUAUCUGUUCGAUCUUUAAGACCAAGAAAAAAAAGAGUACCAAAAUGGUAACCCAAUAGGCAAUGGUCUGAUUUAAUAUCUGACCAUAUCAAUUCACAAAGUUGUAGAUAUUAAGCUUUAAUAUAGAAUAAGCUUUUUUAUAUGUUUUUAAUUGAAAUUAGUCUAUUAAGACCAAUAUAGAAAUUUCGAAUGUAUUUUGCUUGUUCGUGUGUGUAAUAAUGAUGACUUUAUUCUCCAAAGAUGUCCAACUAACGAAUGGAUACUUUAUUGUAAAUAUUUAGUAAUAUAUAUUGAAAA